AUGAAGACGACUCAGGCUAUGAUGUUGGCAGUCGCUGCCAUGGGUUUCGGCUCAGGGGUUUUCGCUCAAGGCAAUAAGGGUGGCAACAACGGAGGCAACAAUGGCGGCAACAACGGUGGCAACAAUGGAGGCAAUGUACUCGCUCUGAAUCCCAACAACGUUCAGACUGGCAGUGAGUCUGCGGGAAACACCAGCGUAGCUGGCACCUCGCCCUCGAAAACGGACAACGCCAACUUCAUCAACGUCUGCACAGGCAAGACAUUGACCAACGGCAAACAAGUGACUGGCGGAUCCUGCAAUGGUAUCACAAUGGGUGACAUCCCGUCGAACCAGAACAUGGUAUCAGCUAUAGUCCUAUUCCCUGGCCCUGGAGAGGAUAUUGCAGCCAACUCACCUUUCACCGUCAAAGUCCAACUUCAGAACUUGGUCGCUGGCUCUUUCACCGAUGCUCAGGCCACGUACUACGCAGCUCCUCAAGCGCUCCAAGGAGGCAAUAUUGUCGGCCACUGUCACGUCACCAUCCAGGAUCUAGGUGGUUCGCUCGCUCCUCAACAGCCUCCUGACCCGAAAACCUUCAACUUCUUCAAGGGUAUCAACGACGAUGGCAAUGGCCAAGGGUUGCUCACGGCUGAUGUCACAGCUGGUCUCCCCGCUGGUUUCUACCGUAUUUGCACCAUGAACAGUGCUUCUAACCAUCAGCCGGUCCUCAUGCCUGUUGCUCAACGUGGUGCUCAAGAUGAUUGCCAAAAGUUUACCGUCGGCCAAGGCAACGGUAACAAUGGAGGCAACGCUGGCAACGCUGGAGGCAACAAUGGAGGCAACGCUAACAACGCUGGAGGCAACAAUGGAGGCAACGCUAACAACGCUGGAGGCAACAAUGGAGGCAAUACUGGCAACGCUGGAGGAAAUACUGGAGGCAACACUGGCAAUGCUGGAGGCAACGCUGCAACCACCACCUCCACUGGAGGCAACACCGCCAGCACGGGCACCACUGGCGGCAACGCUGGUGCCAACAACGGAACAGGCAACGGAGGUGGCAAUGGCUCCGGACGUGGUCGUGGUGGACGUGGACGAUACGGCCGAGGAAGAUUCGCUGCACGAGACUUUAUCCAAUAA